AUGGGGAAGGAAAAAACGCAUAUCAACAUUGUCGUCAUUGGUCAUGUCGAUUCUGGAAAAUCGACUACUACUGGACAUCUCAUAUACAAAUGCGGUGGUAUCGAUAAGCGAACGAUUGAGAAAUUCGAGAAAGAAGCUCAGGAAAUGGGCAAAGGAUCGUUCAAAUACGCAUGGGUUCUCGACAAGCUGAAAGCUGAGCGUGAACGUGGUAUCACGAUCGAUAUUGCUUUGUGGAAGUUCGAGACAGCCAAGUACUAUAUCACCAUCAUCGAUGCUCCAGGACAUCGUGAUUUCAUUAAGAACAUGAUCACUGGUACGUCGCAGGCCGAUUGCGCUGUUCUCGUUGUCGCUUGUGGUACUGGAGAGUUCGAGGCUGGAAUUUCGAAGAACGGACAGACUCGUGAACAUGCUCUUCUUGCACAGACCCUUGGUGUCAAGCAACUUAUUGUUGCUUGUAACAAAAUGGACUCUACCGAGCCACCGUUCUCUGAGUCCCGUUUCACCGAAAUCACAAAUGAGGUCUCGAACUUCAUCAAGAAGAUUGGGUACAACCCGAAGGCCGUUCCUUUUGUUCCUAUAUCUGGUUUCAAUGGCGAUAACAUGCUCGAGCCAUCACCCAACUUGUCAUGGUUCAAAGGUUGGACUGUGGAGCGCAAGGAGGGUAAUGCUACCGGAAAAACUCUUCUGGAGGCACUUGAUUCUAUUGUCCCACCUCAACGUCCCACUGACAGGCCACUACGUCUCCCUCUACAAGAUGUAUACAAGAUCGGAGGUAUCGGAACCGUCCCAGUUGGCCGUGUGGAAACUGGCAUACUAAAACCUGGCAUGGUUGUUACUUUCGCACCACAAAAUGUUACUACUGAAGUCAAGUCAGUUGAAAUGCAUCAUGAAUCUCUUCCCGAAGCCAUGCCAGGUGAUAACGUUGGUUUCAACGUGAAGAAUGUAUCUGUCAAAGAUAUUCGUCGUGGAUCGGUCUGCUCUGACUCAAAGAACGAUCCAGCCAAGGAAGCUCGUAGUUUCAAUGCACAGGUCAUCAUUAUGAACCAUCCUGGACAAAUUGCCGCUGGCUACACACCUGUGCUUGAUUGCCAUACCGCGCAUAUUGCAUGCAAGUUCGCGGAGCUUAAGGAGAAGGUUGACCGCCGUACUGGUAAGAAAGUUGAGGACAACCCGAAAUUCCUUAAGUCUGGAGAUGCGGGUAUAGUUGAACUCCACCCAACUAAACCCCUAUGUGUUGAGUCGUUUACGGAUUAUGCUCCUCUUGGGCGCUUCGCUGUUCGUGAUAUGAGGCAAACGGUUGCCGUGGGAGUUAUCAAGUCUGUGGAUAAGUCGGAAGGAGCUCAAGGCAAGGUCACUAAAGCUGCACAGAAGGCUGGAGUUGGCAAGAAAAAAUAA